CCAACCUCGACUUUUACGGAUAAAGCUAGGAUAUAACUCGCAUUUCUAUCGUCUCAGAUGUAAUUGUUGCUAGCCGCCACCGUGGCAGCUUCGCGAACAUGUCUGCUUUUAUAGGGAUUCGCAGAGAACCUAAGGGCUCACCAGUAUACCCCUCCGCCCCAUUGAUCCCAUCAUCUUGAAUACCAUACCAAUGGGUUUCCAGAAAUACCUGCUUGCUCUUCUCGCAUGUGUGGGCCUCGUCUCUGCACAGGCCGGUGCAGCAUACUGUGAUGCAACCAACUCGAUCUGCUACACAGGAUACACUGAUCCCACGUUGGACAUUACCGUUGGCAUUGUCCUCCCUCCCUUGUCCACAGGAAGUACACCAAAUUCCACCCAGUUCAUCGCGGAGAUCGUGGCUCCCGUUAGCUAUGGCUGGACAGGAGUGAGUAUGGGUGGCCAGAUGGCCAACAGCUUGCUCUUCGUGACGUGGCCCAACGGCGAAGAUGUCGUCUUCUCACCACGCUGGACCUCGGGAUAUGUUCAGCCCACUCCUUAUGAUGGACCUAUAAUCACAAUGCUACCCGACACUAUGGUGAAUAGCACCCAUAUGAAGGCCUCCUUCCGCUGCCAGAACUGUACGACCUGGGAUGGUGGCUCCCUCGGUGCCGGUAAUCUCGCCUCGACCCAGGUCCUUGCCUAUGUCACAUCGACUACCACACCCGUCGAUGAUCCUACUAACCCAGCGUCCAAUUUCACGGAGCACAACGAGUUCGACUUUUUCGGAGUGGAUCUUUCGACGACCCAUUCUUCGUCGUACGAUACCUACCUUGGCGGUAGCGCAUCGAGCUCGGGUUCGGCUACUGCGCCUGCGUCGACGGUGGCUUCGACCUCCACUGGGACCGCGACUUCGACGGCGAGUGGAGCUACACAAACCAAGUAUGGUCAGUGCGGUGGUGAAGGUUGGACCGGGCCAACAGUAUGCGCUGCAGGAAGCACGUGUACCACUUCUUCUACAUACUAUAGUCAAUGCCUGUAGAAGAACUACUCGUUC